AUGAAGAUCAUUUUGGUGUUACUGUGUUUUUGUCAUCUGAUCUACAGUGCCAAAACUUGUCCUUCAAACUGUCAAUGUCAUUUAACUGAUAAAGCUGUGAAUUGUUACAAAAGAGAGUUACAAUUUGUUCCUGCCAAUAUUCCAUUGGAUACUGAAAUUUUGGAUCUUAGCAGUAAUGAUAUUGCCAACAUAGAUCCAACUAUGUUUCACAAUUUGACCAAACUAACUGAUCUUGUGUUGAAUGAUAAUAAAAUAUCCAAAUUGGAUCCACGAACUUUUCAGAAUUUACACAAGCUAGAGGUGAUAAAAUUAUCUCAAAAUUUUUUAUCUACAAUUCCAGAAGGCCUAUUUGACAAUUUACCUAUAAUGGUGCCUAAAUUGAUGGAACUUAAUCUUUCUCAGAACAAAAUAGUGAAAAUAGAGAAUUAUGUGUUUCGACCACUGAGUAUGCUUUCAACUGUGUCACUCAAUGAUAAUCCUUUGAAGAACGCUGACAGGUUGCUGAGUAAAAAUAGACGUUUAUCCUACAUUGAUAUGUCUGAAUGUCAACUAACAACUGUUCCUAGAGGUCUUCCUGAUUCUAUUGAACAUCUCAAACUUAUUAAGAACAACAUCACAAAAAUCAAACCAAAAGACUUUCGAAAUAAAAACUAUUUGAAGAUAUUAGCAUUAGAUGAAAAUGAGAUAGAAUUUAUUGCCCCUAACAGUUUUAAAAGUCUACAAAAGCUAAUUCAAUUGUGGUUAAAUGGUAACAGAUUACGCAAAUUUCCAUCACCAAUUUCACCCUCAGUUACCAAUGUUUACCUUGCCAAAAACAACAUCACCAAAUUAUCAGCAGCAGACUUU